AGGCUGUGAUUGGCCAGUAAGUAGGAAGUGGAUGGUGAUGAGGGUAUUAAGGCGCGCGAAAUCGGCAAGGAUCGCUCUCGUGCUCUGAACAAAAGAUGCCUGCGGAGCUUCGGCAGCAGGGGUACUCGGAGGCGCAGCUGCGUCUGGUGUCGGAGAAGGUGCCUUGCAGAGAAGCGCAGGCAGCAGCAUUGCUUGCCCUCUUCGGAGAGCUAGAUCAUUAUAGCUACCCGUCUAUCUUUAUCUAUGGUCACCGAGCCAUGGGGAAGAGUCACGUGACACUCACUCUACUGAGGGAGCUGCAGAUGCCCCAUGUGGUGGUGAGCUGCGUCGAGUGCGUGUCUCUGGGCCUGCUCUUCGAGCGGGUGCUGGGCUCCCUCUUCGGCUCAUCGGCCGUGACCCUGUCCCGCAGCCCCUCCCUGUCCGAUUUCGUGCGCCUGUACCGGCAGCUGUGCGCGAAGGAUUCUGCCAAGCACACGCGAUACAUCGUUCUGGACCGGGCGGAGGUCUUGCGGGACAUGAGCGCCAAUCUUCUACCUGGCUUUCUGCGCUUACAGGAACUGGUGGAGGAUAACGUGACCGUCAUCCUGCUUAGCGAGAUUGUGUGGGACAAGUUCAGGCCCAGCACUGGUUGCUUCGAGCCCCUGCAGCUGCACUUCCCUGAUUACAGUAAAGCGGAGCUGCAGCAGAUCCUGGCCCAGGACAGCCACCCCAGCUACUCCACAGAGCUUUAUGCCUGCUACAUCAACAUCCUACUGGGGGUCUUCUACUCGGUCUGCAGGGACCUGAGGGAGCUCCGGCACCUGGCGGCGCUCAACUUUCCAAAGUUCUGCGAGCCUCUGGAGAAAGGAGAAGCUGAGGAGAGCGACACCCACAAGCUGUGGAGGAACAUCGAGCCGCAUUUGAAGAAGGCCAUGCAGACCGUGUACCUGAGGGAGGUGUCCAGCUUUCAGUGGGAGGAGCAGCUGAAGCGGGAUUGUGAGACACAGAGCUUGAGAGGCCUGUCCGCCUACGCCCACGUUGAGCUGCCAUAUUACUCCAAAUUCCUGCUCAUGGCCGCCUACCUGGCCUCCUACAACCCGGCUCGCACCGACCGCCGCUUCUUCCUUAAGCAUCAUGGGAAAAUUAGGAAUACCAGAUUUUUGAAGAAACAUGAGAAGACCAGUAACCACCUGCUGGGCCCCAAGCCCUUUCCCCUGGACCGGCUGCUGGCUAUCUUCUACAGCGUGGUGGACAGUCGCGUCGCUCCUACGGCCAGCAUCUUCUCCCAGAUCUCCUCCCUAGUCACUCUGCAGCUGCUCACCCAGGUAGGACACGACGACCAGCUGGACAACCCCAAAUACAAGUGCACAGUCUCCCUGGACUUCAUCCGAGCCAUCGCCAGGACGGUGGGCUUCGACAUCUUGCGCUACCUGUAUGACUUCCUGUGAUCCGACCCCCAGGAGAAUCCUGCUCAGAGCCGGCCUGCUUGCUCACGAGCUCCGAUGGAUGUGUGCUGUGCAAACAGCCUGGGGCUUCCCCCAGAGUGACGACAGUGGGGGGUGUAGCAGGGGGCGAUUUUCUCCAACCUCAAUCUCGCUGAUGUGCACCCUGAAAGGGGAACUGACGUUCCUGACUCUAAGCGAUGUUUUUCUCUCCUGCCUGUGCCUUGGCAGGGAAGCACUUCUUGCACAUGUGGCUGUGUGUCUCUGACCUGGUUCUCUCAUGUAAAUAAACGUUUUUGUCAAA